UACUGGCUUAUUUAACAAAUGAAAGAAACCAGAGACAACUUUAUUUAAAUUGUACUGCAUGUCGAUCAAGUCAAAGCCAAACACAAAGACAAACAUAGACAACAAAAUGAGUUUGGUAAAGAAGUCAAUUGUAAUCCAACAUCUCUGUCAAUUUAAAAAUUAUGUUGGCAAUGUCGGAGGUACAGUGAAAUAUCAGUGAUGUCCAAAAUAAGUGGACUUAUUGUACACCCAAUGCAUGUCUCUGCAUGCAUGACUGAAGUUUGGGUCAAAUUUGUAUCUAAUGUGAUCACUUUGAGACGGCUAACAGAGGUCAAUGCAGGGAAACUCACUAGUUAUAGGUAGGAAUGCAAAACAGUGGACCUAAAUAUGAGCACAACGGCUGCUUCAUUUACCAACUCUCGGUCUCUAAGACCAACACAUCCCUAGAACACAUAUUUCCUUUAAAGCUAUUCUGCAAUAGUAUUGUGUUAUAAAAGCUUUUAAAAUAUCGCUUUCCUACUCACAGUAAGCCUGUCUAUUUUGAAGAAAGCUAUUGGAAGUGGAAUUCAACACAAAUUAAAUGGCAAACGUUUUCUGGGUCAGCCCAGUAGGCCUUUGGGCUGAAGGGAGGAGAACUGUGUGGAUGGUGCACUAGCCCACGGGCACACAUUUCUAAAAGACCAUAUGGCUCUCUGAUGAUACAGCAAGAUGAGAGGUCUGUCUUAUAAACCAUACACUGUACAUUUUCUAUAGAACCAUUGCUGGUUGAAUUGUCGCACCUGACUUCAUUUGAUAAUUAUGUCGCUUGUAUAGUUAAACGGGUCAAGAAGGCAAGCUCAGAAGGCAACGAUAACAGAACGAUCGGGUACAAAACUAAUGUAGAACAAAGCAUUGUUUCAGUUACAUGCCUCGUUAGACCAAAUUAACUCAUGUUUAAUCAGCCACGCAAAUUAGUUAGCGCGCAGAAAAAUAUGUCUCUCAGCCCUUAAAGGUUCCAACACCACCCUCCCCUCACCAUAAAAAUGAACUCGCACCAUGCUGACAGACAUCUCUCAAAGAAGAUAAAGGUUGCGUGUGCCUUUAAGAGAACAAUGUCCCACGCUACAUGUCUCGCUCUGAGCCUCAUAUGUGGUGGUUGGCAUCAGCUGUCCUCAGUGCAGUGGGUAGAGCAAGGACAUGUUUUUCCUUCAUAUUGUCGGAGCAAGGUAAAUAUUGGAAACAUCUACCGAUCACAGGGCAAAGAAGGCGACAUAAGAAGAGAAAGAGAAGAGAAAAGGAUAAAUAAAAAGACAAGAAUUGAACUUUUUAUUCAAACAGCCUAUAUGGAAGUUGAUGAGGCUUUUUCUUGGGGUAAAUACAAUUAGACACUGAAACAACAAGCAAACCAGGAUUGCUAUGGAACCACAACCUGCCUCAUUCCUGGUUGCUGUUCCGUGUUUCCCACCCCCACCACCACCAACACCACCACCACCAACGCAUCGUCCUCCUAAACUGGACCAGAGCAACUUCAAGAGGGUCGGACGCAGAGAGGACCCCGAGCCCCACCCCAUCCCGGGGCUGCCAGCGGACAUCCUCCACAUGAGGGUGAAGGAGGGCAGCAAGAUCCGGAACCUCCUGCGGUUCGCCACGGCUCGCAUGCAAGGUCCGGGCCAGGGCAGCGGCGGUGGUGGCGGCGGUGGUGGCGGCGGUGGCGGCGGCGGGGGGGCCCUGAGGCAGGUGGUCUUCACCGGGUCGGGCCGGAGCCUCACCAAGACCAUCACCUGCGUGGAGAUCAUGAAGCGCCAGGUGGGCGGGCUGCACCAGGUGUCCAAGCUGUGCAACAACACGGUGAGCGAGGCGUGGGAGAGUCUGCGGAAGGGAGUGCCGGGGGUAACCAUAUGCCGCACGGUCCCGGCCCUCACCAUCCUGCUCUCCAUGGACCCCCUGGACCCCCAGGAGCCUGGCUACCAGCCCCCACAGAGGGACCCUCAUGGUCCCCCUUCACAACAUAUGGCCCCCGGGGCAAAGAGGGUCCGCCUGGAGGAGGGAAACAGAGAGCUACCCUCCACGUCGUCGGUCUGACUCGGUCCUAAAUGACGCCAACUGGGACUGUUUUUUUCGUAGAGAUGAUGUUAAAAUGUUGCAGCUUUGAUGUUAUUAAAUUUUUUGUAAAUGCUGGAGGGAUGACAAUUGAAAUCACAGUAAUAGCUUAAAUGGAAAUAUUUGGGAUAUCUGUUAUGCUAAAUUGAAUAAAUAAAGCACAAUAUAUGUAUGUUCAUGGCGUGCUUCAUUAUCUUAAACUAUAUGUAUCUCUGAAAGGAGCGUAGGUCUACUAACCAUGCAAACACAUGCAGGGACGGCAUAGUAACCAUGCCAACACACAAGACCACAGCAAGGAGCAGAUCACAGGGCUCAGAGGUACAGAGCCUGCACUUUAGGGCAAUGAAUCACAGCUUUUCGUUUUUGGUUUUGCCUUUUCUUUAGGUUUCAGUUUCAUUUUGAAAUAUAAAAUGUUCCACUAUAUUUGGUU